GAAACCCCAUCCCAUCCGCAGACGCCGAAAACAAAUCACGAGCCUCCACGACGCGCAGCGCAGAGCGCACGCACUCGUCGCUCCCUAGUCACCAAGGCUGCGCGGGCCCUCGGCCCAUCAGGGCUCGCGGGCUUUUAAAGGCGUGCUGUACGGGCGGAGCAAAACCGCAGGGGCAGGGGUUUCGAGUCGACUGGAGCAGCCAAUUUCCGUUCGCUUUCCGGGGUUUUCCUCUGCUCCGCCGUCUCCGCCACCGCCGGCCGCCGCGACCUUCAUCUCCUCCGCCACCGCCGGCCGCGCGCGCCGAGGUCGAUCCGACGCCCAGCUCCCCGUCAGGCGGGGGAGGGGCCCACUACUUCCGCGGAUCUUUCCCCCCCUACCGGUCCGCCCCCCGAUGGUCGUCUCCCCCGGCGCCCGCCGAUCCGCGGCCGGGGCGCGCCGCUGAGGCCGUCGGGACCGAUCCGCGCGGCCCCUGCAAUGCCCUCGUCGACGCCCGGCGCCAGAACCCCCUCCCCUGAUCGUCGUCCCUCCCCCUGCCUCCAUGGGUGAUCACCGCGAGUUCCCCGUCCAGGCGCCGGGCCACUGCCUGCCCAAGACGUCGUCGAUGAGCGUGACGGACUCGGUCACGGCCGCCCACGACUUCCGGGUCACGGGCUACUCGCUGCUCGACGGCAUGGGCGUCGGCAGGUUCGUCAGCUCCAGCACCUUCACCGUCGGCGGCCUCGACUGGGCCGUCAGGUUCUACCCGGACGGCUCCACCGCCAACUGCAUCGGCAACGCCUCCGCCUUCCUCUACUACUGCAGCCGCGACAAGGACGUCCGGGCCAGGUUCACCCUCAACCUCAUGGAGAAGGACGGCCGCCUCUCCCAGAUUCAGGGCUCGCCCUUCCUCGACAACGACUGCCUCACCAUCAGGUGCCUCAUCACCGUCGCCAAAGAGUCUCGCACCCAGGAUGUCGAGACCAAUUCGAUCCUUGUCCCGCCGUCCAAUCUGCACCAGGAUUUCGGGAACAUGCUGCGUGAUGGUGAAGGUGCGGAUGUGACAUUCACCGUGUGCGGCCAAUUGUUCCCUGCUCACAGGUGCGUUUUGGCCUUCCGCUCCCCGGUCUUCAGAGCAGAGCUCUUUGGCCCGCUGAGAGAAGAUGCCACGGAGUGCAUCAAGAUAGACGACAUGGAGCCUAUGAUAUUCGAGGCGCUCCUUCACUUCAUCUACACAGACACCCUGCCUGACAACUGCAAAGAUGGAAAGGCUGCGGCUAUGCAGCACAUGCUCGUUGCCGCGGAUCGGUACGGCGUCGACAGGCUAAGGUUGCUCUGCGAAAGGAAGUUGAGCGAAGCAAUUGAUGUGGAAACGGUCGCCACCACCCUUGCUUUGGCAGAGCAGCACCACUGCUCGCAGCUGCGAGGAGCCUGCGUCAGAUUCAUGGCCUCGCCUGACAUGCUUGGCCCUGUCAUGUUAACCGAUGGGUUCAAGCAUCUUGUAGCUAGCUGCCCACUGAUUUUGAAGGAUGUAUUGGACGAGGUGUCCCGCAUUUGGCGUGACAAGCCUUCUGAGAAGUAGAAUAAGAUGACACCUUAUGGACUGAUCGACAGUACUGAGUUUUACUCAGGUUCAGAUACCAUACAUCUGUAUGUCACCGUUAUAUCUCUUUGGUGUAAGCCUUAAAUCUUUUUGCAUUUUUGUAUAUACACAUUACAUGACAGAAUGACCCAUUGGCAACAUGUAGUGCAAAGUGUUAAUUACAA